CUUUGUUAGCCUAUGAUUCAUCAGUCAUACUACUGACCUUCUUCUGUCCAAGAAACUAUGCCGGCCCUUCUUCUUCUCAUACUACUCCUAUUGUUGAGCCGGGACGGCGAGGUGGCCUCGUCGUCAGACGGUGGCCAGUUCUCAUACCAAGGCUUCGCCGGCGCCAACCUUACCCUGGACGGCCUCGCCGUCGUCAUGCCGAGCGGCCUGCUCGCGCUCACCAACUUCACGCAGCAGACAAAGGCCCACGCCUUCCACCCCGCCCCGCUCCGCUUCCUCAACAACAACAACACCGCCGUCUCCUUCUCAACAUCCUUCGUGUUCGCCAUCGUGUCGGGGUACGACGGUCUGAGCGACCACGGGUUCGCCUUUGUCGUCGCCCCGACCACCAACUUCACCACCGCGGGCGCCGGGCAGUACCUUGGCCUCCUCAACACCACCAACGGCACGCCCAGCGCCCCCAUCUUGGCCGUCGAGCUGGACACCAUCGUGAACCCUGAGUUCCAAGACAUCAAUAGCAACCACGUGGGCAUCGACGUCAACAGCCUCGUGUCGCGGCAGGCCCGGCCGGCUGGCUACUACGACGACGACCGCGGCGGCGCCUUGCAGGGCCUGACACUUAACAGCCGCAAGCCCAUGCAGGUGUGGGUGGAUUACGACGGCCAGGCCAAGCAACUGGAGGUGACACUAGCCCCCGUGCAUGUGCCAAAGCCAAGGAAGCCUCUCCUAUCCGAAGCCAUCGAUCUCUCCACUCUCAUGGCGGACGCCAUGUACGUCGGCUUCUCGGCGUCGUCGGGAGUUGUCUCGGCGCACCACUACCUGCUCGGAUGGAGCUUCAGCUUGGGCGGGUCUGCCCCGCCGCUUGAUUUCUCCAAGCUUCCUGCCCUGCCACGCCUUGGUCCCAAGCCUCGCUCCAAGGUACUCGACAUCGUGUUGCCGCUGGCCAGCGCGUUGCUCGUCGCAACGGCGCUGGCUGCGGUCUUCUUCUUUCUGUGGCGUCGGCGCCGGUUUGCGGAGGUGCGUGAAGGCUGGGAAGACGAGUUCGGCCCCCACCGAUAUGCAUACAAGGACCUGCAUCGUGCCACGCAUGGGUUCACGGAGAGGAAUUUACUGGGCGUCGGAGGGUUCGGGAGAGUGUACAAAGGUCGGCUUUCCGCAUCCAAUUUGGAGAUCGCGGUGAAGAGGGUGUCGCACGAAUCAAGGCAGGGACUGCGGGAGUUCGUUGCCGAGGUCGCCAGCAUUGGCCGUCUCCGGCACCGGAAUCUCGUGCAGUUACUAGGCUACUGCCGGCGCAAGGACGAGCUCCUCCUGGUUUAUGACUACAUGUCAAAUGGCAGCCUUGACAAGCACUUGCACGAUCCAAACAUGCCAACCGUAACCUGGCCCGAAAGAUUCUCGAUCAUCAAGGGGGUGGCAUCGGGCGUGCUGUAUCUCCACCAGGAUUGGGAAAAGGUUGUCAUCCACAGAGAUAUCAAGGCCAGCAAUGUGCUCUUGGAUGAAAACAUGAAUGGAUGCCUUGGCGAUUUUGGCCUAGCAAGGUUAUACGAUCAUGGAACCGUUGCUCAAACAACCCGUGUCGUUGGCACCAUGGGAUACCUUGCACCAGAGCUUGUGCGUACCGGGAGGGCGACACCCUUAACCGACGUGUUUGCUUUCGGUGUGUUUCUUCUAGAGGUUGCAUGUGGGCAACGACCGAUCGAGCGUGCCCAGCGAGACAGCCGUGUAGUGAUGAUUGAUUGGGUGCUUGAGCACCACCGCAGUGGAUCUUUACUCCAGGCGGUGGAUCCACGACUAGCAGGGAAGUUUGACACAGAGGAGGUUACCCUCGUGCUGCAACUAGGUUUGUUGUGCUCGCACCCAUUGCCUGAUGCAAGGCCUAGUAUGCGGAAGGUUACGCAAUACCUAGAUCGUGGGCAAUCUGUUCCUGACCUGUCACCGACGUACAUGAGCUACAGUAUGUUGGUGAUGAUGCAAAACGAGGGCUUCGAUUCGUAUGUUAUGUCGUACGCUCCAUCGGAGCCUAGCUGUACAACGGUGUCUUAUGGGUCUUCGAUGACGGUUCUCGCUGAGGGCAGAUGAAUUGUCCGCAUGUAUACACAGUGCUUAUCUUUUA